AUCAACGCCAACCAGCUGACGACACUCGACGACGAAAUGCCAUCGAAUGGUAACAAAUUAAUUUUGGUCCAUGCAGCAAAUAACAGAUUGACACAUUUACCCCAGAGUUUCAAAGGUUCUCAACAUUUGGAGUCGUUGUUCUUUCAGCACAAUUUAAUCACCGGUUUCAAUGGAGCUUUGCAGAGGUGCAGAAAAUUGAAGAGAUUACAAUUCAGUCAUAAUAAUAUUAGAGAGUUAUUUGAUGACGAUUUCUUCGAAACCGAAAAUCUGGAGGACCUCCAAUUGGGCUACAACGAGUUGACGUCCUUAAAUGGAAGUCUUUUACCUUUGAAAUUAUUGAGGACUUUAAAUUUAACUCACAAUUUGCUCAAGGAUUUCUCUGUCCAGGAAUUGAGAGGGUUGAGACGAUUAAGAGUCGUCGAUUUGUCUCAUAAUCGAGUUGAAAGGAUCACUGGACGAAUGGAGAAUUUAGUCGAAUCAGAAACCAGAAUUGUAGAACUCCGCCUGGACCACAACCGUCUAACAUCUUUAGACGGUGCUCUGAUGGGCGUCCAGGGAUUAGUAAGACUAAGUGUGGCUCAUAAUCUAAUCGAAAGGAUUUCACCAGGUGAUCUUAUAGGCCUGGAUGUCCUCAGAGUCCUGGACGUCAGUCAUAACAGACUUACUGCCCUUGAAGAAACAGCAAAGACCUUUUUGCCUGCUUUGGACGAGUUGUUUGCAUCUCAUAAUCGUAUCAGAGCUUUGCAUCAAGAUUUCCAUGGUUUGCCUUCGCUGUGCUGGGCAGAUUUAUCUCACAACGAGAUUGAGAUUUUGUCUCCUGAGCUUGUGAGACAUACGAGGUGCUCGAUACAUGGAGCACCCUUGAAAAUUUAUCUCCAAGAUAAUCCGGUUCUUUGCGAUGACCGCUGGCCAGAAACAAUGACCGCCAUCGAGGGCCAACAGGCUCGAGUCUACGGUUCAACCCAAUGUGUGGGCAUGGCCAUCGUCAACAAUGCCAACUCGCCUUUAUCAAUCGGCGGCCCUGACAUAGUAGACUCCAUAAUUGCUGAAGACGGCACUAUAAUUGGCGGCCAAAACGUCAACGCCCACAAAAUGAACCCUGUAGAAACCCCAAAACCGCUCCCAGCCAAAAUCGAUACCUUUGACGAAAAAUCGACAUCGCUGCAGACCGAUGCCAAGAACGCAAUCGGCGGUUCCAUCCUGCAAGGUUCAGGGUUGAAUUUGAACGAUAACAGGGUCCCGGGAAACCAGAGUGGCGGUUCAGGGUUGGACAACGGUGUUCAUAAGUUACACAUUGAUGCACAGAAGAUCACGAGUGAUCAGACUUUAACGGUUUUGACGCUGAAUGAUGAAAAGACGCCGAUAGUGGUGGCACCGCCGAUGUUGUUGCAGCCGGCGGUUGAGAAUUUGGCGGUCGAUAAUACGUCGUCGGACGAGAUUUGA